AUGGGCUGCGACAACGAGCCAAAAAACCGAGACAAUUGGAGGCUUUAUCAUCUAUUGGAGUUAGAACAACCUGUAACGGCAAAACAAGUACAGUGGACCUUUCGGAAGGUCACUUUGCGUCAUCAUUUUUAUCAGGCCUAUCUUGUCCUUUCCGACGUAGACCGCAAAAGUCUUUACGAUGCCCUUGGUGAGGAUGCAGUAGGCUUCAUACACAGCGGGAGUUGGGGGCCUCUUAUGCAUUUAAUUGGCUCCAAAGGGACAGUUUGUUUUUAUUGUGGAUCUAUGUUGGUCGCCUUUAUCAUGCUGCUCCUCUUCUUCCUUUUUUUGGGGCUCCGAGUGGAUGAUCACACGUCUUGCUCAUGGCUGGCCGUUAUUGCCCCACUGUUCGUCUUUGUCAUUAUGGUGGUAAUUAUUACGGCCCUCGCUCUCAUUGUAAGCUUGUUCUGGAGGCCUCCGUGGGAGGAAGGCAUGCGCUUUGUAGAACGAAUUCCGGCCGUUGGAAAUUUUAUCGCCGCGGUGUGUUACGCCAUUUUUUGUUUCUUGGUUGCAACGGAAGUCAGGAAUGGUCCGACGAGCGUAUCCAGAAAAUUUACAGCCUAUUUUGUUUUCCUUAUUAUAGCCGAUGGGGUCUACUAUUUGUCUUCCUUGGUCUGGCGCUGGCCCCGUUAUGUGCGGUUGCAGAUGGAAAUCGGCUUGAAUAAUCCCAAUCGUUUCUUGUACAACGGUUUCUUUCUCAUGGGAUGGUUGUAUCUGGGUGUUUCCGUCGCACAGUGGGUUAUGCUUGGCCGCCGCAUCGAUCAGAGGAUUCAAAUUAGUUGGUAUGCCACGUUUAUCCCUUUCUGCCUUCGCGCUGGACUCCGUGUGCUGGAAGCCUUUAUGCGCAGCAUGGUGAAGCGAACUAUUGGCGUCAAAACAGUUAUGGGGGUCGCGUUUGACACGUUGGGGUCAUUUUUCUUUAAUGGAAUGUUACUGGUUUCACUGUAUUUUGUUGCCGUGCGCAUCACACGCGGGAGAGAGGAGGUGCGGAUGCCGUUAGCGCUUUUACCUGUGUACGUAGCGCUGGUAUAUAUGUUGCUUGCCAUGGUUUUCACCGCCGUCUACCUUCUUCGCAAAAAUGCCAUCAGCGAGCGUGAGGAGCGGCUCAACAACUUGAAGUGGACCCCGACGGAUAUGAUGAUGGGAAGUCAAGGUGGCCCGACGCUGCUUCGCAACCUCGACGCCGGCGCUGUUGACGCGGACUGGGACGCAAUUGACGACGAUGAUGCCAGCUCGUCAUUGGUCUUCCGUGCAAAGGGGGAUGAAACCAGCGAUGACUACGAUGAUUUUGACAGUGCCGCAGAGGCACACGUCGUCCCCAAACACACCGAGGGCGAAGCUGCAAGAACGCCGUACGGUGUCUCUGCCCCACCUGACGAGGACGCCAGGCCAUACACCGGAAGUCGCACCUCUACCAGGGGAGGUGGCAAGUCGAUAGGGCGACCACCUGUAGGGGCCGUUCACCAUGAGUUGCAUGACCCCAAAACGGACGUGGCCCACGUUGGUAGCACUUUCAGCGACUAUGACGAGGAGGAGGAAGAAGGGGAAGACGAAGAAGACUAUGAUGACGAAUACGUUGACGAAGACGACCGCAUAGGGACCUUGAUGUCUUCCUCACCCACAUCCAGUGCCUACUUCACGCCAAGCAUCCAUUCUGUGAGGCAAUGA